UACGACCCUUCUUCUCCAAGCCUCGAGAGAGAGCGAUGCAGGCGGCCGGGGGUGGGAGGGAGACCACCAAGCGCAUGCGCACCACCGCCGCCGCCAUGAGAAACGAUGAGGGGGAGGAGGAGUCGCCGGCGGCGGCGAGCCAGGGGAGCGCGGGAGGGGGAGUGGCCGCCCCCGCCACGGAGACGGACGACAUGGCCGUCGCGGAGGAGGUGGCGUCGGCGGAGACGGAGGAGCACGUGCAGCGCAUCCUCCUCGCGAUCGACGCCUUCACUCGCCAGGUUUCGGAGAUGCUGGAGGCGGGCCGCGCGCUGUUCAAGAACCUCGCCGCCGACUUCGAGGACCGCCUCUGCUCGUUCAACUUCCCGCUAAAUCCGACCAAGUAUAUCCCGUUUUAUGGAGGCGUGGAAUACCAUGACUACCACCAUUUCGUUGGACAGAGCCAGAGCAACUUCUCCUCUAUCUUCACCUUCUGUGAUUACAUAUACGGGACAGACAAAAGCUACAGAUACCACAAGGCAAGCUUGGCCAAGUUAGCUGCUCUGCUUCUACGUGCAGUUCUGGCAUAUAGCUUCGAUUCUCCGUUGACUAUAAUAGAUGAGAAUAAUAUUUAUUGUUAUCGGUGUCGCUAUGCCUAACGUUAUCUUUCUAUUUCUUCUGCCGACGGAAUAGCUCAAUAAAUGACAGGAGAGGAAAAUGGAUUCGGCAACGGGAAACAGGAUUAAUUAGAGGCUAACUGCAAUUGUAGCAGUCCUCACAAGCUCGUGCAGAACUUGCAGUACUUUUCUGUACGGUACCCUCCCCACACAGGAAAAUGAUCUGUAUCACUAUAUAUAAUCAAUGAACCAGCAUCUGUACCCAGCCAGGGAGAACCAAACUUUCAAAGGAAAGUCCCUGAUUAUAACAAGGGAAAGUCGCUGGUUAUAAUAAAAUACGGGACAAAGUAGUUAAUACUUAACAGCAAUGUUAGUUAGUUGUCAUUGAGAAAGUUUGCCUGACCUAAACACCUCCCUGAGAAAUGUAGAUGAGUGUAGAAAUGUAGAUGAGUGUUUGGUGCCACCCUGAUGCUUCUACGUCCUCGCCUGGCCUGAAGCAAUCUUUCGUGUAAUUAGCUUGAGCCAGGCGAUUGAUUUUGGUCGCCUGAGCUCUAGGCGCCGCUGUUGAAGUUUGUAGACUCCAUUGGAUGAACGGGAAUCACGCCGCAACAAGCAAGUAGAUCAAAGAUUUUGGGAUUUGCAGUUCUGCUGUAUUGGUUAAUCACCGGAUUCGCCUCCGCAUUGUUUUGUUGUUCUGCUGUAUGGGCUGAUUUGGAUCUAUUUUUUCUUCAUUUCUUUUUGUGUUCUUGUUCUUGAUGUAUGCAAUCUAUUUAGAUCAUUGAAAGCAGCGAUGCAGUAUUGUAAUGGAGGUAACAUUGUGUUCCCGUUAACAUUUGAUUAGUAGUAGUAAUCAAUAUACCACCUAAUCACAUAUUUUCUUC